UUAAAAAUUGGAGAAAAGGGGUAGAUUGCAUAUCCUUUUUGCUUUCUGGGUAGGAAGAUUUUUUGCGAGCAAAGAUUGAUUCAGGAAAAAGAUGGUGGUGGAUCCAAGGCUGGUGCUGGUGUUCAUCAGCACCUGCAUUCUAGCCAUCAAUGGUGACACAGAUCCAAAUGAUGCUGCUUCUCUAAAGGUUAUGUUUCAAAGUAUGAACUCACCAUCCCAGCUAAAUUGGCCUGCAAAUGGCGAUGAUCCUUGUGGACAGUCAUGGAAAGGCAUUACUUGCUCAGGCAACCGAGUCACAGAGAUUAAGUUACCUGGUCUUGGACUGACUGGAUCUUUGGGUUACCAGCUACAAGGCUUGACCUCUGUGACAAACCUAGACCUGAGUAACAACAAUCUUGGUGGCACCAUGCCAUACCAACUUCCUCCAAAUGUGCAGCACUUAAAUCUUGCUAAUAAUAAUUUCAAUGGGGCAAUUCCUUAUUCUCUUUCUGAUAUGACUUCUCUUGUAGACCUGAAUCUUGGUCACAAUCAGCUCCAGCAAGGACUGAGUGUCAACUUUCAAAAGCUUUCUUCCCUCUCUACAUUGGAUCUCUCAUUCAAUUCCUUGACAGGUGACCUCCCUCAGACUUUGAGCUCACUUUCAAGCAUAAACACCAUGUAUCUGCAAAACAAUCAGUUUACAGGCACCAUUGAUGUCCUUGCUAAUCUGCCUCUUGGCAGUCUGAAUGUGGAAAACAAUCAUUUUACUGGCUGGAUACCAGAACAGUUGAAAAACAUAAACCUACAAAAGGAUGGUAAUGCGUGGAGCUCAGGACCUGCACCCCCACCUCCUCCUGGGACACCUCCUAUAUCAAAAAGCCCAACUCACAAGUCUGGUGGACAUAGCACCUCAUCAGAUGGAGGCACAAGUGAUGGAGGCAAAAAAUCUGGUAUAGGAGGCGGUGGCGUUGCUGGAAUAGUGAUCUCCAUCUUGGUUGUUGCGGCAAUAGUAGCAUUCUUUCUGGUGAAGAGAAGAUCCAAGAAGUCAUUUUCAGAUAGGGAAAAGCUUGACAAUCAGCCCUUGGCUCCUCUUACUUCAAACGAAGUGCAUGAAAUGAAUUCCAUGCAAACUUCGUCUGUAAUUGACAUGAAGACAUUUGAUACUUCUGCGGCCACAAUAAGUCUUAAACCCCCACCUUUUGAUCGUCAUAAAUCAUUUGAUGAGGAUGAGUUUUCAAAGAAGCCCACUAUUGUGAAGAAGACCAUAACAGCUCCUGCAAAUGUAAAAUCAUAUUCUAUUGCCGACCUGCAGAUUGCUACCGGAAGCUUCAGUGUGGAUCAACUACUUGGUGAGGGGUCUUUUGGACGUGUUUACCGUGCUCAAUUUGAUGAUGGAAAGGUUCUUGCCUUGAAGAAGAUAGAUUCAUCUGUCCUUCCCAAUAAUUUGUCUGAAGAUUUUGUAGAAAUAGUUUCGAACAUCUCCCAUUUGCAUCAUCCCAAUGUGACAGAGCUUGUAGGUUAUUGUUCAGAACAUGGACAACACCUCCUAGUCUAUGAGUUUCAUAAAAACGGAUCACUGCAUGACUUUCUUCACCUACCAGAUGACUAUAGUAAACCAUUGAUAUGGAAUUCACGUGUCAAGAUUGCUUUGGGUAUUGCACGUGCUUUAGAGUACCUGCAUGAAGUUUGUUCACCAUCAGUUGUUCAUAAGAAUAUUAAGUCAGCCAACAUAUUGCUUGAUACAGAUCUUAAUCCUCAUCUUUCAGGCAGUGGAUUGGCAAGCUAUAUUCCAAAUGCAAACCAGGUAUUGAACAAUAAUGCUGGAUCCGGAUAUGAUGCUCCCGAAGUAGGCUUGUCUGGUCAAUAUACUCUUAAGAGUGAUGUCUACAGCUUUGGAGUUGUAAUGUUGGAACUUCUUAGUGGACGGAAGCCAUUUGAUAGCUCAAGGCCAAGACUUGAGCAGUCUUUGGUUCGAUGGGCAACACCUCAACUCCAUGAUAUUGAUGCAUUGGCUAAAAUGGUUGAUCCUGCAUUGGAAGGGUUAUACCCUGUUAAGUCUCUUUCUCGAUUUGCUGAUGUAAUUGCUCUCUGUGUUCAGCCGGAGCCAGAAUUCCGACCACCUAUGUCAGAGGUGGUUCAAGCAUUGGUUCGAUUAGUGCAGAGAGCUAACAUGAGCAAGAGGACAUUUGGAACUGAACAAGGAGGAACCCCAAGAGGGGGUAUGGAGUCAGAAACACAAGACAUGUAAAUGGGAAUAAAAUCACUGUGUUCAUAGAAGAACGGCUUAAAAGGGAUAAUAAUAUUCUUCUCAUUUUCAUCUUUUCUUUUUAUCCCUUCUGACAGUUCCCGAGUUAGAUUGAUUCCACCUUUGAUUAUUUGAAGAAGCUAGACAAUGGUUGAUGUAUCUUUCUGUGCAUUUUCUUUUAUUGGUGAUAUUGAUUGCACCAUUUCAUCAAUAAUUUUGUAUCAUUGA